AUUGGCUGUUCAUCCCACCUGAGGGACGACGGGCUAGUUCCGGGAUUCCGAUGUCGGCCUAGCGAGCGAGCUAGUGGUUUGCUAGCGGCUAACUCAAGGAGGACCGUAACGACCCACACCCUACAAUCAAGACAGCUCGCAUGUUGGGUAUAAGGGGCAUCCAUUAGCCAGGGGGACGAAGAGACAAAAAGCACAACAAUGCAUCAGACUACAUAACAUCACUGCUGCACAUGGCUUUGUUUAAAAGAUGCAAAAUGGGAAAGGAGCACUAUCUGCAGAGAAUUUGGAGGUGGGAGAGGUCUCUACACCCAGACCCGGCCAACUGCGGUGACAGCUCGAUGACACACAGGGGGGUUCUUUUUGGAUUGAGUUGAUUUUAUCCCCAUAUUGAAGCAAAGACUGAAGGCAAGGAUUAUCCGCCAGAACCAGGGGACUCUGCUUGCCUGUUUUAGCGGUAGUCCUCGUAAAGGCGAUCAUUUUGUAAACUGCUUCUUCAUCAACUUGCGACUAGUUUGAAAGUUAAUUUGUUUUUGUUUUGCACUGCUAACGUCGUUUGACACCCUAAAACUGUCCCUUCUGCCGCCAUCCCCCGUUUCUGCUACCUACCCAGUGCCUAAAUAACAAUCACACAAGUCCUCAGCAGCUGCUGCGCUCAGUCCUCCGCCUGUUCUCCUCUAUGUGCUUCUGCUCUCGGCCUGCCGGCUAUCCACACUACCUCUUUACUUUUCUGUUCUUUUAUUUUUUAAUAUAUAAUAUAUAUAUAUCUUCUGAUAGGCAUAUUCAGAACUCAAGCCCAGUGGCAAGCAUACAUGCAAUCACUGCGAUUUAGGAGUGGAGAGAAGGCCAGAUUCCUCCACUUUUAGUUGGGUGGAAGUUUUCACUGGUGCCAGCUGGGCAGUCCAAUUUUAGAUUUAUUUAUAUUGUUGCACCAAAUACAGUUACAAUAAAGCCAUACAAAUAUAUUUAUGAAUUACUGACUCACAAAUUUUUGUAUUGCCGCGCUCUUGUAAACUCUUGCUUUUAUAAACCUAUUAAGAUUAUGCACAGAACUUAAAUAGCAUCACAACCAGCUGUGCACCGGUAAAGCUGCAUAGGACUAUAUACAAAUACUCUGAUUUUAAGGCAUUCUAUUGGUGCCAUGAGACAUUGAGUGUCAGGACACGGAGAAACCCUCAUGUUUCCAUACAGCUGCUACUUUGCAUAGUAUUUUCUUUUACUCGUCUGUAGUCAUGGCGCCUCUUCUCAAAGAAACCCCACAGUUGCCAUUUUGACCUGAGAGCCCCGGUUCACAGUAGGUAGAGCGUAGAUACCUGCCUCUCUCUCUUUCUUCCUCCCCUCUCCUCUGUUUCUGUCUCUAAUGCCGGGCUUCAGCAGUGGGGGGGUCGGCGGAGGAGUAGGUGUCCCUGCUUCUGCUCCUCCCCGUCCAUUCCGCCCCAGCCGAUAUGUCCCGGUGUCUGCGGCCACCACUUUCCUCGUCGGAUCCACCAGCCUCUUCUUCUGCUUCACGUGUCCAUGGUUGUUUGAGUAUUUCUCCUGUCUCAUUCCCAUCUACAUUGCCGUGAUCUUCCUCUUCACCCUCGCCAACUUCUGUAUGGCUACUUUCAUGGACCCCGGAGUCUUCCCCAGAGCGGAGGAGGAUGAAGACAAAGAAGACGAUUUCCGCGCUCCACUCUACAAAACGGUGGAGAUCAAAGGGAUCCAAGUGCGCAUGAAGUGGUGUGGGACCUGCCGCUUCUACCGCCCGCCGCGCUGCUCGCACUGCUCUGUCUGUGACAACUGUGUGGAGGAUUUUGACCACCACUGUCCUUGGGUGAAUAACUGCAUUGGUCGGAGGAAUUAUCGCCAUUUCUUCCUCUUCUUGCUGUCGCUUACCACCCACAUCAUGAAUGUAUUUGGCUUUGGUUUGGUUUAUGUGCUGCACCACCGCCAGCAGCUGGACACGCCACACACCGUGGUUACUAUGGUUGUAAUGUGUGUGGCUGGCCUGUUUUUCGUCCCAGUGGCUGGCCUUACUGGGUUCCACAUAGUGUUGGUGGCGCGCGGUAGGACCACAAAUGAACAGGUGACAGGGAAGUUUCGGGGAGGUGUUAACCCUUUCACCAACGGCUGCACGAGGAAUAUUUCUCAUGUGCUAUGCAGCUCCCAGGCCCCCAGAUACGUAGGCCGGUGCCGGAGCCCUCAGACAAUGGAUGUGCAGCCACCAUUUCUUAGACCGCCCCUCACUGAGGCGCAGCUAGAAGCCAAGGUCCUGGACAACGGCAUCCAGAAUGACCGACACAGCACCAGGUCCAAGAGUAGUCUAGAUCAGAUAGAGAGCCAGUCGGCAGAUGCAGAGCCUCCACCUCCUCCAAAGCCAGAGCUUCGGUACCCGGGCCUGCCCCGCGCUGACACGGAGGAGAGCAGCUUGUUGACCGAAGGUCCGACCACGCCGUCGAUGUAUAAGUACCGACCACCGUUCAGCAGCCCAGGAAGGAACCACACUGCCCUCACGCACCCCAGCAAGAUGAUCCGUGGGGACAGCCUGGACUCUCCAUCUCCCUCCAUCCUCCAGUCGAGUCGGCAGCCCAGCUACCGCUCGGAGCCGAGCAGCCUGGACGGGACCACAGUGGUGGGGGGAGGUGUAGGGGCGCGCAGAGGGGGAGGCGACAGAGGCGAGGGCCCCGGAGGCCCGGGCGGCACUGCCGGGGCGAUACCCGGGGGCAUGUCGGGCUACUCCCUGGCCGGGCGCUCCUACACCUCCUAUCCAUCAUCUCUGGUUCUGUCCACUGCCGGCUCCCGCUCGUCCAGCCUGCGCUCGGCGCUGGCGGCCAACAACCCGCUGUCCACCCUCCAAUCGGAGGAGACCACGGACACCAGCUACAAGAGCCUGGCCAAUCAGACGCCUCGGAACGGCAGCCUGUCCUACGACAGCCUUCUCACGCCGUCCGAGAGCCCCGAGUUUGAGUCGGCCGCCCACGAGCUGUCGCCGCAGAGGCCCCGGGUUCCGCACCCCUCGGCGGACGUGGCGAGCCAGCGCGAGGUGGUGUCGCCCGGCAGCCCGCUGCAGGGCUACACGUCGCCCUUCCUCUCGGCUCAGAUCGCCCAGCAGAGGGAGGGGCAGCUGCUCCAGGGCUCCGCCACUUUCUCCUCCCCCCACAGGGCCUACCUGCGUGCCGUCAGCCCGCCCCUUCCCUCCGCCUCUGGGGCCUCUGAGAUCCAGCACCUGCUGCAGGCUAACCACAACUCUUCCUCCUCCUCCCGAGGCCCUCGUAACCUGUCCUCCUCCUCCCCUGGGGGUCGCUCACUAGAGCCCCCUGUGUCCCCGCCGCCUCGCGGCCUCUCCCUCGGCAAGUCGCAGUGUCAUGUUGGGGAGGCGGGACCUCAGCACAGGCCCCCGAGGGCUUCAGGAGGAGGCCUUGUGCUGGGAGGGGGAGGAGCCGGAGGAGGGCAUCAGGCUCCACACCCUCCUCUUCCUCCCUGAUCUGUAUACCCCUCUCGUCCAGUCUUGGCCAAUCACACACCAACCAAACCAGGGGGCGGAGUGAAGAAGGUGACGGGCGUUGGAGGGACCACUUACGAGAUAUCGGUUUGAGAGACAGACAACCUUCACAAAGAGGGGGCAGAAAGCCCCAGGACUACUUUCUCUUACCUGAGCUGGACAUUAUUCACGACUGCAAGGCUCCUAAAAAUGACUUUUUUCCAAUGCAAAGGACUAAAGGAGCAGGCCAAUCUGGUACUCACUUUGUUCAAAUCUGCCGGAGGCAUUACAAAUAUAACAUAGAGUAAAAGGGGACACUUUUGAGCCAUAGAUGGACGCAGAGCGGCUGUAUCAUCAUGGCUGGGUACAGAGAUCUCUAAAGAAUUCUCAAGGCGAAUCAAUGACUUUAUUUGGUACAUUAGCACACAGUGUCGCCCACCGUGUCCGACUCUUAAGGAAAAGAUGGCCUUUAUUCAUUGGAGGUCGAAUUCUAAAGUGGGAGGAUUUAAGACUCUACAGACCAAUAGAAACGUCUGCUCCGAUGUCUGAAUGGACCACACAAACGGUUUAUCUAUAAGAGUCCAACCUUUAAACACGGUAUCCUUUUUAGUUUUCUAAAUCUUUUUUUUAUUUUUAUUGUUUUAUAUAAAUGUAGAAAAUCUUACGGAUCAUUAUUGGGUCAACUUGUCAGGUAUUGAAAAUGACUCUGGAUGAGGGUGACGGAUGUGCGUAAUGAUUCAUGAAAGCGAUCUCAAAUCAGUGGCCUGUUCUUAUUUUAAUGGCUGCAUCAGCCGCUCACGAGCUCUUGCUGGAAUUUUCAUCGUCCAAAGAGAAAGCUGAUCGUUUGGUACACAGCCGAGGUGGUAAAUAUUUUAAGAAAUUAAUUUUCUGAAAGCCACAAAGAAAUUCUGAAUCACGUUUGCAGCCCAAGUAUCUUUGUGGAAUGUACGCUUGUAAUCUUUAUGCUAGAGACAUUAUGCAAAAUCUGUUUAGUAGCUUUAAGAUCAUUGUAUGUAUCUUGUGUGUAUUUUUGUAUUUUUCAUUCUGUAAUAUUUUGUCAAUCGAGAUGUGAGUAGAACCUGAAACAUUUAACAGGUGACCAGCCAAAAAGGGGCAGUGAGGGAAGGGCUUAUUUAUUUUAAAAGACAACCUUGUAUUUUUGGGCACAAUUUCAAACCAGUCUACCAUGUUGUCCCUUUUUUGAAAAAAGAAAGUAUGAAUAUUUUUUAUGACAAAGAAUUUAUAAAUGAAAUUGUAAAUGAUCUAUGCCACUAAAUAGAAUUUCAAGGAGGGACUGGUUUGCAUUUGGAGACUUUAUUAUUAUUUUUUUUUAUCUGCCUUUGGACCCUUCAUAGUGAAGCAUGCACAUUUAUAGCUUUUUUUUCCCUAUUCUUUUUGUAUUUUUUACACUUGAGUAAAAGAACAUGUAAGGCAGAUUAGCUUUGAUUUUUUAUUGGCUUUUAAAACUUUUAAACAGCCACGUAGAGAGCAGAAGGCAGGUGUGUUUGGGAGUUUCAGGAUCGGGCAUAAUAGUUAAGGUUUAUUUAUUUUAUUUUCUCUUUUCAAAGGCCUCCAGUGGUGUUAGCACUAAAAUGUCAGAGCAGGCUGUAGCUUUGUCUUUGGAGGCGAAAUCCCUCGCUUGAAGGACACAUGUACCAUCGGUCAACCCAACGGAGCGCGUCUGCGACCCUCCCAGCUUUGUCUUUGGUGUGCAUGUGGUUUUUGUUUGUCGUGCUGAAUGCUUCACUGGUGUGCAAACAUUAGAAUAUUGGCAAGAUCCCACCUGGGUGACGUGUGCGUGUGUGGUUACAAGAAUAGAAGCAUCAUUAAUGACACAAGCCUAAAAAGAACCUGCAAUACCAUUUUUUUUUCCUCCCCUUGUCAAGAAUGGUGACCACUGAACAAUUUGAAACUGAGUAUAUGUGAGAUGAAAAAUAUUGCUAUUGAGGGCGGUGAUGAAUGGAACGAGUGUCACAAAUAUCUGUAAUGAGUACAUUAAAGACAUUUCCCCAAAUGGC